AUGUGUUUAAAUGUUCAUCUUGCUCUCAAUCAACAUUUGCGGAUGCCCACAACUUGUUAUCCUCUAAUGAUUUUUCAACCUUCAAAAUUAUGUCGUUUUUAUCAUGCUCGUGUAGCAAGUUGUGGGCAAUCAAGACAGUAUACAGACAGGAGAUGGAUUCAAUAUAUGAAAAUCUGGUUGUAUUUGAUUCGUGGAUUGGAAAAUUCUGGUUAA